AAUGAAGGUUGCACGUUUUCAGCAGCUGCCUAAUGAUGAAAGUGAAACAAUGAUUCCUGUUCUGACUUCCAAAAAAGCAAGUGAAUUACCAGUCAAUGAAGUUGCAAGCAUUCUUCAGGCUGACCUUCAAAAUGGCUUGAGAAACUGUGAAGUUUGUCAUAGACGGGCAUUCCAUGGGUGGAAUGAGUUUGAUAUCAGUGAGGAUGAGCCACUAUGGAAAAAAUACAUUUCUCAGUUUAAAAAUCCCCUUAUCAUGCUGCUUCUGGCUUCUGCAGUCAUCAGUGUUAUCAUGCAUCAGUUUGAUGAUGCCGUCAGUAUCACUGUGGCAAUACUUAUUGUUGUUACAGUUGCUUUUGUACAGGAAUACCGAUCAGAAAAAUCUCUGGAAGAACUGAGUAAACUCGUACCUCCAGAAUGCCACUGUGUUCGAGAGGGGAGGUUGGAACAUACACUCGCAAGAGACUUGGUCCCAGGGGAUACCGUCUGCCUCUCCGUGGGAGACAGGGUUCCUGCUGACUUACGGUUAUUUGAGGCGGUGGAUCUUUCUAUCGAUGAAUCCAGCCUGACGGGCGAGACAACCCCUUGCUCUAAGUGCACAUCUCCUCAACCAACAGCUGCCAAUGGAGACCUCACUUCGAGAAGCAAUAUUGCUUUCAUGGGCACACUCGUUCGAUGUGGAAAGGCAAAGGGAAUAGUUACUGGAACAGGAGAAAACUCAGAAUUUGGCGAGGUUUUCAAAAUGAUGCAAGCAGAAGAAGCUCCAAAGACACCUCUACAGCGAAGUAUGGAUCUCCUCGGGAAACAGCUUUCCCUGUAUUCAUUUGGAAUAAUUGGGAUAAUUAUGCUGGUUGGCUGGCUGCAAGGAAAACAUAUCCUUGAUAUGUUUACCAUCGGUGUGAGUCUGGCUGUUGCUGCUAUUCCCGAAGGGUUACCUAUUGUUGUAACCGUAACAUUGGCUCUUGGUGUAAUGCGAAUGGUCAAGAAACGGGCUAUCGUGAAAAAGCUGCCGAUUGUGGAAACUUUAGGCUGCUGCAAUGUGAUUUGCUCAGAUAAGACUGGUACACUGACAAAGAAUGAAAUGACCGUCACUCAUAUAUUUACAGCAGAUGGGAUACAUGCUGAGGUUACUGGAGUUGGUUAUAACAGGUUUGGAGAAGUCCUUGUCGACGGUGAUGUUGUUCACGGGUUUAACAAUCCAUCUGUUAGCAGAAUUGUUGAGGCUGGGUGUGUGUGCAACGACGCUGUAAUUAGAAACAACACCUUAAUGGGAAAACCAACAGAAGGGGCCUUAAUUGCUCUUGCUAUGAAGAUGGGUCUUGACGGAAUUCAGCAGGAUUACAUAAGAAAAGCAGAAUAUCCCUUCAGCUCUGAGCAAAAAUGGAUGGCCGUUAAAUGUGUGCAUAGAACGCAACAGGACAAGCCAGAGAUUUGUUUCAUGAAAGGUGCUUAUGAGGAAGUUAUUCGAUACUGUACAACGUACAAUAGCAAAGUGCACAGCCUACCUCUCAGCCAGCAACAAAGGGAUCUUUAUCAGCAAGAGAAAGCAUCCAUGGGCUCUGCAGGACUUAGAGUUCUGGCUUUAGCUUCUGGUCCCGAGCUUGGGCAGCUGUCCUUUCUGGGUCUGGUUGGAAUUAUUGAUCCUCCGAGAACCGGCGUAAAAGAAGCUGUCAAUACACUUAUCACUUCUGGAGUGGUGAUAAAAAUGAUUACUGGAGAUUCACAGGAGACUGCUGUUGCCAUUGCAAGUCGUUUGGGAUUGUAUUGCAAAAAUUCUCAGGCGGUCUCAGGAGAAGAAAUAGAUGCAUUGGAUAUACAACAGCUUUCACAAAUAGCACCCAAGAUAGCAGUGUUUUACAGAGCAAGCGCCAGACACAAGUUGAAGAUUGUUAAGUCCCUACAAAAUAAUGGUGCCGUAGUUGCUAUGACGGGCGAUGGAGUGAAUGAUGCAGUGGCCCUGAAGGCUGCCGACAUUGGAGUGGCCAUGGGGCAGACGGGCACCGACGUCUGUAAAGAGGCAGCUGAUAUGAUCCUAGUGGACGACGACUUUCAGACAAUAAUGUCUGCCAUUGAAGAGGGCAAAGGAAUUUAUAAUAACAUUAAAAAUUUCGUUAGAUUUCAACUUAGCACGAGUAUAGCUGCAUUGACAUUAAUCUCGUUGGCUACUUUAAUGAACUUUCCUAAUCCCCUCAAUGCCAUGCAGAUCUUAUGGAUCAACAUUAUCAUGGAUGGGCCUCCAGCUCAGAGCCUUGGAGUUGAGCCUGUUGAUAAAGAUGUUAUCCGGAAACCUCCACGGAAUGUGAAGGACAGCAUUUUGACCAAAAAUCUGAUUAUUAAAAUAUUAGUUUCAGCUAUAAUUAUUGUAUGUGGAACGUUAUUUGUCUUCUGGAGGGAGCUUCGAGACAACGUCAUAACACCUCGAGAUACAACAAUGACCUUCACUUGUUUUGUAUUUUUUGAUAUGUUCAAUGCUUUGAGUUCAAGAUCUCAGACUAAAUCUGUGUUUGAAAUUGGGCUCUGCAGCAACAAAAUGUUCUGUUAUGCGGUCCUUGGCUCUAUAAUGGGACAGCUAUUGGUAAUCUACUUCCCGCCUCUUCAGAAGGUCUUUCAGACAGAGAGUCUAAGUAUACUAGACUUGCUGUUUCUUCUGGGCCUCACCUCCUCAGUAUGCAUUGUAGCAGAGACCAUAAAGAAGGUUGAAAGAAGCCGAGAGAAGCCCCAGAAGCACGUCAGUUCUUCGCCUGUAUCGUCUUUUCUUGAAGUAUGAUGCACAUUGCAUUCUCCGUUUGCAAAACUAGAAACUGCGGUCU